AUGAAUCUAUAUAGUGACGCAUCCACACCCGCUCCUCUCCCGCAUAUCCCUACCCUCUUGUAUUUUCGCAUCGUACACACACUCCGCUAUACCCACACCCCUUUACCCACAUAUCCACAUCCACACCUAAAACCCACACUCUCAAUCACAUAUCUAUACCCACCACACCCUCACCCACGUAUCCACUUACCCACGCCCUCAUCCACACUCCAUACCCUCACCCACAUAUCCACACCCACUACAUCAAUUGAUCCACAAUUCCCUCAUAUCCACACCCUCGAACAAAUCCACAACCACCACGUCCACACCCUCACCCACAGAGCUACACCCCCACAUCCAUACUCUCACCGUCACUCACAUAUCCACACCCUCGUCCACAUACCUACACUACCUCAUCUGCCAUCACUCACAUAUCCACACCCACCACAUCCACACCGUUACCCACAGAUUCAUACCCUCAAAUCACAAUCCCAUCCUCAUCUACAUAUCCCACCCACAACAUCCAUACCCUCACCAGCAUAUCAGCGCCUCAGUGGCAUGGUCGCACAUCCAAACCCUCAUUCACAUAUCCACACCCUCAUCCAUAUAUCCACUACCACAAUAUCCACACCCUCACCAAUAUAUCCACACCUACCACAUCCACACCCUUAUCCACAUAUCCGCAACCACAACAUCUACACCCUCACCAACAUAUCCACACACUCGCACACAUCCACAUCCACACCCACCACAUCCUCCCCGUAA